AUAAUCUAAAUUCCCUAAUGGCACGUGCCGUCACCAUUUCGCAAAUCUCUUAUCAAAGGUUAGAUGUUACUAAGCAUCUGCAACCAUUAAUAGGGACCUCUCUCUCUUUUUUUCUCUUUCUCUUCUUAAAACCACUUAAGCCUAUCAUGACCAACUCCAUCAACAUAUCUGCAUCCCACUUGGCCCAUCUUAAUGAAAAGCUUCAAAAUCUUUCCCCAGAGGAAAUUUUGAAAUGGUCGCUAAUUACAUUCCCAAAUCUUUUCCAGACUACUGCAUUUGGUUUGACUGGCCUUGUAACAAUAGAUAUGAUCUCGAAAUUAGAGUCUCCUCAUCCAAUAGAUCUCAUAUUUAUAGACACUUUACAUCAUUUCCCUCAAACCUAUGAUUUGGUUGAAAAGAUAAAAUCUCAAUAUUCUCCAUCGUUACAUAUUUACAAGCCUUUUGACGUCAACACAGAAUUGGAAUUUUCUGCCAAAUAUGGUGAUCAACUCUGGGAAUCAAACGAUGCCUACUAUGAUUAUUUAGUCAAAGUAGAACCUUCCCAGCGUGCGUAUAAAGAAUUGAACGUAAAGGCGGUUUUAACUGGACGUAGAAAGUCACAGGGAGGCGCUCGGGGUUCAUUACCGGUUCUUGAAAUUGAGGAGAGUAGCGGAGUAAUUAAGAUUAAUCCAUUACAUAAUUGGGACUUCCAACAAGUAAAGAAAUACAUCGAUGAGAACAACGUUCCUUAUAAUGAGUUGCUUGAUUUGGGAUACAAGUCUAUUGGUGACUGGCACUCUACUGUUCCUGUAGGUGAGGGUGAAGAUGAAAGAAGUGGAAGAUGGAAGGGACAGGCCAAAACCGAGUGUGGAAUCCAUGAGACGAGCAAAUUUGCUCAAUUUCUCAAGAGUCUGGCAACCUAAAUGGUGAAUGUAUACGUAUUAAAAUAUAGAGAUUGUACAAUAGAAAAAUAUGUUGC